CGUUCAAAAAAGUUAAUGAAAUAACAUGAAACUUAUAAACUUUCUCCAGUAUUUAAUACGAAGCCAUAGCGAUUGUGUAGCAGCAGCCAUGCGGGUGGUUUUCCACACACAUACGUCAGAAAGGAAACGAAUAAAGCGAAAGGUUUGUGACGCUAAAACCUCAUUUUCACAGCUCACUGCAACAAGGUUGCAACUUAACUUCUGUAAGAAGAUUGUUACAUUUUCAUACAAAUUUGAUUUAACCUCUGUGUCUUGAUGAACUCCCUACUAACAAUCAGUGGGCCUAUUGCCAAAACACAAUGAUUUGGUUUAUUUUUUUGUCAUUAAUUUCUAAUCUGAAAUGCACGUCAGGUAAUGCUGCGGCCCCUGCGCUCUUCUCCGUUCGGCAGGAGCCGGAGGUGAUGGAAGUGGCGCCGGGCAGUAAUGUUACCAUGAAAUGUCAUUAUCAGGGUAACUUCGCUGCAGGGGGGCGAAUUCGGGUUAACUGGAAGAGCAACUUAUUAAUUACUACCACAGAUAUUGUAAACGUAACCGGAAUCCAGAACGGAUUCGUCUGUCUAAACUUAACAUCCGUACGAAGUAAUCAGAGCGGUACGUACGUUUGUGAAGUGAGUCUAGAAAUACCCCGAUUAUCACAUAUGGAAGGAAACGGCACUGUUCUUAUUGUAAGAGACUCAGUUGCCGUCAGUGAUACCCGAAAGCACAUCUUCUUCAUCGCUUUGUGGACGGCGCUGUCGAUGGCGGCGUUAACUGUGGGAACUGGCUUCCUAAUUUGCUGCAAGUACAAAAGAACUAAACCGGCCUCCAGCACCGGCGAAAACGAUUGUCAGGUAUCUGAUGCUCUGGAGUCCGAGGUCCAGUACGCGACGCUGAACGUCAGAUUAAAAUCCCCGCGCCCUGACAGCCGCGGCGGCCAAGGACAGGUGACCCCUCUCGUUCCUUCGGGCGCGUUUAGAUUUUAUUUCGAUUUGAUAUGUUCAUCAUGUAACAAUCAAAAUAGCCAGAAGAUUGAAAGGAGUGAAAUAAGCAAAAACAUACGAUGCAGUACAUUCUGAAAGCGUUAUGUGUAAUUUAUUGUAGUAAAUGGGACUACUAAUAAAUACAUGUAACAUAGCGGCAUGAGGUUACAUGCUCAUUAAUACUAACUAUAACUCCCACGUUUAGGCGAAAUCACUCUAUAUGUGAGCGUGUUUCUAUCCUUAAUCUCGGACAGUAUAUGCUAUUUAAAAAUAAACGACUAUACUGAA